CGUCUGCUUUUUGUCCCUUCCUGUGCCCCUUAGUCACUGACACAGCCUGAACAUGGCGGCGUUUGCGGAAACAGGGAAACUUUAAUGGCUGUGCCGAGAUACUAGCUGUGACUUCGCCCAGCCGCCCGCCGGGACAGCGCCGAGUACGUGAGUGGCGCCUUAUGCUGGUUGCUGAAAUGAUAUGAAUAUAAAGCAAAUAUCAACAUAUUGGCCUUUCUGUAUGAACACCCGAACCUUUGGGUACCGUGAUAAAAACACUUCCCAUGUGUAGGUCACUUCGUUACUGUGUUAGUCACUGUCUGUAUGCAGCGAUGACCCGACUGGAAGAGGCAAAUGGAGAGGUCAACAUGCACUCAUCAGUCAGAUACCUGGGCUACUUAGCCAGGAUAAGUUUACUAGUGGCCAUAUGCAUGGGCCUGUAUGUGAGGUGGGAACAGACAGCGGACACAUUGAUAUUAGUAAUAUUUAUACUGGGCCUUUUCAUACUUGGAAUUGCCAGCAUUCUCUAUUACUAUUUUUCAAUGGAAGCAGCCAGCUUAAGCCUUUCUAAUCUUUGGUUUGGAUUUCUUCUGGGUCUCCUUUGUUUUAUUGACAAUUCAACAUUCAAGCACGAUGCAAAAGAAGAAGCUACAAAGUACUUGCUUAUCUCCUCCAUAAGCAUAAGAACAAUGUGUGCCCUAGUGGAGAGGAUAUGUGGGUAUGUCCGGCAUCGUCCCACACUGCUCACUACGUCUGAAUUUCUGGAACUGGUUGGAUUUGCAAUUGCUAGUACCAUCAUGCUGGUCCAAAAGUCCAUUAGCAUCAUCUUACUUGUCACUGCACUCGCUUUGAUCAUUAUCGAUCUGAGAAUGAAAUCCUUCCUGGCGAUUCCAAACUUAGGAAUUUUUGCAGUCUUGACACCUGUGUUGUUUUUCCCAUCUCUGCAUAUUCCAGUCAAUCCCUAUGCAUUGUCUUGCUUUUUCUGUUGCAUCAUCAGCGAACCACUUCUUGAUGUCUACUUCAGUGGUCUGUCUGUCACAGAACGAUGGAAACCAUAUAUUUAUCGUGGCAGAAUUUGCAGACGGUUUUCUGUCAUUUCUGUUGGGUUGAUUGAGCUAAUUUUUUUCGUUUUGGCAGCCUUUAAGCUAAGUGAUUUACAGCUUUGGUAUUUUGUCAUUCCUGGCUUUUCCAUCUUUGGCAUUUUCUGGCUAAUAUGCCAUAUCAUUUUUUUAAUCACUCUUUGGGGUCUCCAUACUAAGUUGAAUGAAUGCCAUAAAGUGUAUUACACACACAGGUCAGAUAACAGCCUGGACAGAGUCAUGGCCUCAAAGGGAAUGCGCCAUUUCUGCCUAAUUUCAGAGCGUUUGGUGUUCUUCAGUCUUCUGGCAACAGCAAUUCUUGGUGCUGUUUCGUGGCAGCCAUCCAAUGGAAUCUUUAUGAGCCUGUUUCUGAUUGUAUUACCACUUGAGUCAAUGGCACAUGGGUUAUUCCAUGAGCUUGGCAACUGUUUAGGAGGAACCUGUGUUGGAUAUGCAGUUGUAAUCCCAACUAAUUUUUGCAGCCCAAGUGGUCAGCCCAUGCUGCUUCCACCGGAACACGUGCAGGAAUUGAACAUGCGCUCAACAGGAAUGCUAAAUGCUAUCCAGAGAUUCUUUGCUUCCCACAUGAUAGAGACAUAUGGUUGUGAUUACUCUACAAGUGGACUUACAUUUGACAACCUGCACUCAAAACUAAAGUCUUUUUUGGAGCUUAGAACAUCCGAUGGGCCCAGGCAUGAUACCUACGUAAUCUACUACAGCGGACACUCCCACAGUACUGGAGAAUGGGCUUUAGCAGGUGGUGAGACAUUACGAUUUGACACUCUCCUGGAGUGGUGGAGGGAGAAAAACACUGCUUACUGCUCCCGCCUUAUUAUUGUGUUGGAUACAGACAGCUCGUUGCCCUGGGUUAAGGACGUCAGAAAAGUCAAUGAUCAAUAUAUUGCUAUUCAAGGAGCAGAAAUGGCACGGGUGGUAGAUAUUGAAGAAGCUGAUCCACCGCAGCUGGGUGAUUUUACUAAAGAGUGGGUGGAGUACAACUGCAACCCUGAGCACAACAUAAACUGGUCCGAGAAGGGGCGCACUAUUAAAGCAUCAUAUGGAGUGUCAAAGCACUGGAGUGACUACACCUUGCAUUUGCCCACAGGAAAUGACGUGACCAAGCACUGGAUGAUUUAUUUUCCCCGCAUUACAUACCCACUCGUUCAUCUAGCUAACUGGUGUGGAGCACUGAACAUUUUCUGGAUUUGUAAAGUGUGUUAUAAGUGUUUGAAAAGGUUAAAAAUGAAUUGGUUUCUUCCAGCAGUUCUUGAUACAGGACAAGGCUUUAAACUGGUUAGAUCCUAAUUACCAUCCAAAAUGAGGUACCGUUUCAUUAUCUUUAUUUUUAUUAUUAUUAUUAUUCAAAGUAUACUUAAAGUUAUUUCUAUCUAUAUGUAAAUAAAUAUAUAGAGAGAGACAGAGAUUUUUGUUAGCCUGUUUGUUGGAAGAAAUCAUGCUGAUUCAGCAGUGCACUGCUUUGUUACAUUGUGUCUGUAAAGAAAUGUAACUGUCUUCUCCAUUGCAGCAUUUGUAUAAGUGAACGUUGUUACUGAGAUGUGUGUAUGUCUGUUCUUACAAGUAUUCAAUAUACAAUUUAUACAUGUGUGCUUGGGAGAAUGAAUCAUCUACCAAGCCAAGUUCAUUCAAUAGGAAUUAGUGUCUUGUAACUUUCAUUCAGAAAGUAUUGAAAUUGUAUGUACAGGUUGAGUAUCCCUUAUCCAAAGUACCCUUAUUCGCAGAAUGUAAGCAAUAAUUUCCAAAGACUGGUGCUCUUCAGUGACAUUUACAGGAUGUUUUCCUGUUCUGCAGUACAUACAUCUGUUUCACAUGGAAAAAUAUAUUUCCCAAAAAGCGCACAUGCCAAUGUCAGCUCGGUCAAGUUCUUUGCCUUGGUAUGCAGUAAUUCUGAGUAUUACUUGUAGCUUUCACAUUUAGGCUACACAGACACUGGAGCUUAAACCACACCUGGGCUCUACCACCCCUUUAUCCUGACAUUGUACUUAAACAGAGCUUACAUAUGGGUCACAGAUGCCGCACAGAGAUUCCAUGCACAUAGAGAAAUGUCAAAUUAGCAGAUGAAAAAUACAUGCAAACCCAUUCUUACUCCUGUGUUCCUUCUAUGGUCCAUGAGUUCAGACUCUCAUGGGGACAUUUACUGUCCUGCGAAUUGCAUUGCAUUGCAUCGUUGAAGUCCAGACGAGUCAGCACAGUGUUUUUAAAUGAUUGCCACUUUAAAACAUUUGGCAAUCAUUUAAAAGGCAAAACCAGGUUGGUUUUGCCUUUUAAAUGAUUGCCACUUUAAAACAUUUGGCAGACUCUCUGAGAUCUCAGCAAUGCCUGCAAGUCGCAGGCUAGUACAUUUACCCCUAGGUUUUGCUUAUGUAUCAUUAUAUGCUCUCUUUCUAAAUUUUCAACCGGGAGGAGCUCAGAUAAGUAGCACACACCGAUUUGUAAUCCUGAAAUAUAGAGGUUGCUUAAAAUGUCCAGUCAUUUUCAUUUCAAACCUUUCAUGCUUGCACUUGUGUUUGUUACCAAGCCAAUUUCACCUGGUAUGUAUUUUGCAAUGAAUGUACAAGUUCAUAUACAAAUGUUCGAGUUUCCUUUGGGCAUCUAUUGCUAAAGUGGGAUGGAAGUUUGUAUUUUUGUUUUAGUUCAUAUAAGUACAUGUUUACGCCAAAUAUAUUCUCUGACACCGUUCCGUUUAAUUGUGUUCUUAUAAGUGUUUCUCAUUUGUAACACUAUGAUCCCUCCCUGUUAGACAUCAGCUAGGAACAUGAAAUGCAUCGGAAAGAUCUCAGGGAAUUCAGUAUUUAAAUAUGCAGAUUUUAUUAGCGCUGACAAUUUUUGUAUUCAUUAUUUACAAAAUAUUUGUAUCAAAUCUAUGCAACAUUCAAUUGUAAUUGUAAAUACUUUUCUUUUCUUUACAAAUAUAUAUAUAUCCGGGCCUCUUACUCCAGUGUAAUACAUUGGUAGCUGCUUGUUUUGUUUGCAGUUUUUAUAUACAUAAAACUCCUGUUCAAAUAAGUUUGGUUUUAAAUACUCAGAUGUAUUUAAUAAAGGCUACAUUUGUGUAAUGGUAAA